GUCGUUAUACGGUUGAAACGGUCCGAUCGCGGACCUUCGAUUGCCAGUAAUUCGGUGUUAAUUUGUUGGAAAUGGUUCAAACAGAUACGCGAUAGCAGUGCAAAAUAAUUGGCUACUUUAAUCUGUUUUCCCGGGUCAAACCAAUCAGUGUGACAUGUGAAGUUGGUGAUUGGAAAGAAAAAAUUUCAAAUAGUUCGAAUGAAAUGUUUGAAACGAAGGUGCUGUUUUAAAAGUUGAAUGAAAUUUGGAAAAUUAGUGAAGGAGAAGAAUAUCGAAGAAAUUAUUCAGUUCGGUGAUUUUACUCGAGAUUUUAAAAAAUAUAAAAUGUUGAAGCUCCCAAUAUGUGUGUUGUUCCUCGUCGUUACUGCAGCAUACGGCGAUUACGCAGCACAAUUGAAGCCAUUGAUGGCUAGCGCCUAUGGUAAACCACCUUUGGUGCACACCCAUUGGCCACCGAAACACGGCUUUGGAUCGACGGCUUUGAAGCAGUACAUGGUCCAGCUGCACAGUGGUAGCCGACUAGCUCCAGUGGCAGUCCGGCCGGCACCGGCAAUCAUGAUGAGCCUUAAACGCCCCGUGAAGUCAGUCUAUUCUCCAGCGUAUCCACUACUGAAGCAGCAGUACCUUAAACGACCCAUCCUGGGAUCAUCCCACACGCCAUUUGUAUUGAACCUGAAUUUGAAACACAAAUUCCCGAGUUCACCUGCAGGGCUGAAAACGGGUGGAAUUGUUUUCGAGAAAUUAAAACCUAUAGUUCCGCAGUCUAACGGACAGCUAACUUCUGCCAAAGAUGGCGCGAUCCACACUAUUCCCGCUCCGAACCUAGCCGGCACAGCAGGAAAGGCAGCUCACCAACUACAAAUAUCCUCAUUUGACAACAAUAAUCAUUUGGAAAUCGAUAUUCAUAAAACGACUAAGCCAGCCAAAAGCACGUUUGCCCCUAAACCCACAUAUGUCGCUCCAUCGACGCCACAACCGAUUGCGCCAUACAUUCAUAAGGCACCAUACCCGCCCGCGAGGGCACACCAGUAUCAAGUAACCGAGGAACAUACUAACGACGUAACACUUAAAAAUCCAUAUUCGGGACAGAAAACCUACUUCGCACCGGAUCCUGAUCCAUCUCUACCGAGCAAGAGUGUUUCACCCACCCAAGAUCCUCUGAGCGAACCAAGCAACGGGAAAUAUCCACCCAAUGACCUAUUGAUUCAAGCUCAAACGCAAGCCCAAACUCAUUAUCUACCCCAGCACAGUACUAUGCCGUUGAACCAGAAGCCAAUCUACGGAAUCGUGAACACAGCACCACAGCCGGGCUAUGGCAUACCACUGGCUGUCCAGCCUCAGCUUCAACAACACAUUCUACAGCAAACAUCUAUGCUCCAGGGCAUGCCUCUCUACAAUCCAACCUAUCUCGUGACCCAGUCCAAUAACCUCUUCAACAAUCACCAACAUCAGCAACAAACGACUCUUUUCAAGCCGGAGACGAGCUUCCUCGGCACCGUCCCAAGUCCUCAACCUGCGGAUGGAAAUGUGGUUUUCAAUUCGUACACAUAUAAGCAUGAACCGGCCGCUAGUGCCGGUCAGAUUCUUGCCGCCACCCAGGACCAACUACACGAGCUGCAGUCCGCUGUUAGUCAGAUUCAGCUGAACGAUCUUCAACAACAGCACUCGCAUGACGCUCCGACAUACGCUCAACUGGUAGGACACGAACAACUGGCUCUUCAUCAGCAACAAAUCCCACAACAGAACCAGCUUGAGCAGCAGUUGCAGCAGCAGCUCAUCCAACAGCAGGAAAAAUCAUCGCAUCAACUUACAGAAAAUGAAAUUGCCAACUUACUAAACUACGGCACCAUAAAUCUGCAUAAUCAGCUAUCGCCCAACGACUACUACCACUACCAGGUGGAUCAGGAACAACAACAACAACAGCAACAACAACAAGAUAUUUACCAGUACCCACAUCAUCACCACCGCCUACAACAUCAACAACAAGAAGAGCCACAGUCCCUUUACGAACUCUCCCAGCGCCAGCAGGAAAACGAACGAAUCCUAGCACAAGCCCAACAGGAUCUACUACAACAACAACAACAACAACAACUUUCCUACCAGGCAAACACGUUAGCUCCACAACAGCAACAGCUUCCGCCCACACAGGCGACACAAAGUACAGAUUACCUACUAGCCUACCAACAACAUCAGCAAGCUGUUGCCAAUGCACUCGAACUUGGAACCGACUCCCAGAAUAGCAAACGAGCAACGUUAGAGCCCGAAACUACCCACGUCCCCCUUCGAAUAUUCGUGCCAGACAGCGAGAGCGACUAUCCCAACAGUGUUAAUCCCCAAACGCGCAUGGAUGAACUGAACUACGAGUAUGCAGACGGUGAAGAGAGGACUAAAGUAUAUCCAACGGAAUCUAGUGCCAAACAACAGGAAAGUAACAAACAAGUAGAUAGUGAACAAGAACGGGAUUCAUCGAAAGACAAAAUCGAAUCAACCGGAAGUAGUCUAGAAGAAGAACACGGCGAUAGUCAAGCACAUCAGCAUUACAGCAAUCAUAGGUUAUAUUGAAGGCUAUCGCAUUGAUCCUUUAAGGUGCUAGCAUACUUAAUUUUAAGUAGAAUUCUGGCGAUGACUGGUUGACGGUGAUGUGAAAAUCGGGCUGCCUCAAAACAAUUUUAUGGAAAGGGAACAUUUAUUCUUUUCCGAAUGAUGACAUCCACUUUGAUGUAUGAUUUUUAUUAUAUUUAUUUAUUUUAUUUAUUAAUUGAGG